AAAGGUGAGAGAUCAUAAAGAGAGAAUCGAUCCGGAAAAAACAAAAAAAAAGAACAAAUUUGGGAAAAUAAACAAAUAAACAACGCCAUCCCUUAUAACCCUCAAAAUGAACAUACUUGCGAUUAUUUGGGAAAUCAUUUGCGACAUCUAUUGGUCGAUAAUAUCCCCUGAUGCAAGGAUAAACGAGAUCAAUUCGUUGAGGCAACUCAUCGACGUCGAGGAAAGCACCUACGAAAACUACAAGAGCAAAUUGAUUGACAUCGGACUGGACAUGACGGAGCGUUUGGAGAUCUCUGAAAUGCGCCACGUCGCGUCCAACAGAUACACAGAGAAUCUGCGAAGAAACCCAAGCAGUUUCAGGUUCACCAGGGACGUCCGCCUUCGGUACAUUGAGGAACUGAAGGAGCUCAACGAGGACCUGUAUCAACGCCUGGACAAGAGGGGCUAUUGGGGCAGGGUGAGGGCGGAGCGGCCUGUCGGGUCUGGGUCGGAAGACGACGUCGGUGAGCAGACGGUGCUGCUGACUGGGAAGUAAAAAAAAAAAAAGGAAAAGAGAGAGCGAGAGAGGGGGUCUCUGGGUGGGGGGGUGCAGUGGGCCGUAUUUACUAUGUAUGCCUAAAUCGAUGCCCCCCCAGAGAAGCUGCGAUGGGGGCGGGAAUGGGUUUCCAAGAUACGGGGGGGAAACAAUCAAUUUUUUUGCUUUGCGGCGUUUAAUACCGAACCCUUUCGCUUCCCUUUACCCUACACCAAUUUGCCGCUCGCUGUUAUUAAUUCUUUUCCCAAUCAGGCCCAGAUAACUUGUACAAAAUUAGAA